AUGAGCGGACGUGUAAAUCCCGAUCAGCCAUUGGUUGCCGGCCAUAAGGGACCGGUGCUGGACAUUGCGUGGUGUCCAUUCAAUGACAAUGUGAUUGCCAGCGCUUCAGAGGACACAACAGUGAAAUGCUGGCAAAUUCCAGACUACGGACUCACGCGUACUCUCACCGAACCAGUGGUUGAACUGCACGGACACCAGCGUCGGGUGGGAUACCUGUCGUGGCACCCGUCGGCCAAUAACGUGUUGGUUAGCGUUGGCUCAGACAACAAAGUGAUCAUCUGGAAUGUGGGCACCGCUGAGAUACUAACGAUGAUUGAUUCGCCAGAUCUGGUGUUUCACGCGUCCUGGAGUUGGGACGGCAGUCAUCUCGUCACCACUUCUAAGGACAAGAAGAUUCGCGUCUAUGACCCCAGAAGUGGUGAACUCGAACACGAGGGCGACGGACACGAGGGCGCGAAGACUCAGAGAGCGAUAUAUUUGAAAAAUAAUUUGAUUUUCACGACUGGUUUCUCGAAAAUGAGUGAACGCCAGUACUCUUUGCGAAGCGAGUCGGCGUUAAGCGAGCCCAUAGUGUUGGACGUAUUGGACACUAGUAAUGGUGUGCUCUACCCCUUCUACGACCCCGAUGUAAAUCUCAUCUAUUUGUGCGCAAAGGGCGACAGUAAUAUCCGAUACUUCGAGAUUACAGAUGAGGUGCCAUUCGUGCACUACAUUAGUACCUAUCAGUCGAGUGAACCGCAACGUGGAAUCGGUUAUAUGCCGAAGCGUGGCUGUGAUGUACUUAACUGUGAGAUCGCCCGACUCUUCAAACUCCAUACCCGGGGUUUCUGUGAAGUGAUUCCAUUCACUGUUCCUCGAAAGUCUGAGUUAUUUCAAGACGACUUAUAUCCGGACACUCUGAGCGAUAUACCAGCGCUCACAGCCGAGGAAUGGUUCAAUGGCGAGGACAAGGAUCCAGUUCUUAUAUCUCUGAAAGAGGGCUAUAAGACCACCAAAAAGCAAGACUUAAAAGUUGCCAAAAAGAAACCAAACUUGUUGGACAAAUUGCCGGCCAAAAAGCAAUUGUCGUCAUCGGGUGGGUCCACACCAUCGCCUCCCGGCUCUCCAAAGCCAGGCGGAGACGGCGGCGGUUCGGGCGCAGCGGUGCUGUCGGCGGCCGCCAAUCAACGGGUCGAAGAGUUAGUGUCGGAACUGAAUAAACUGAAAGCAAUUAUUUUGAAACAUGAGGUCCGCAUUCGGGACUUAGAGAAGAAAGUGGAGGUCGACUCCACUCACAACCACAACUCUCAGCCCUCUAUUGAAAUCACCAAAAACAACGGCGAAACGCAUGUCGCCGACGAAGUCUAAUGAGAGAAUCCAAACGGCGGGACUUCUUCUUAACAAAAUAUAUUUUGAAUCAAAGUAUAUAUUAAUUAAUGCCUCCAUUGAUGUGAGCGAUUUGAUGCCAUUAUUCAUGUGCAUAACUUAUAUAAAUAUAUAUGUAAUAAACAUUUUAAUUUAUAAAAUACCAAAAACUUGGAAAAACAAAUUCAUGCGUCCAUCAGAUGAGAGAUUUUAACAAAACUAAAGAAAUGAGUGAAUUUGUUUCGCGGACUCAUAAGCAAAAUAUACUAAAUUAUUCGCUCUUUUGCUCAAAUCUAAUGCCAUUCUUAACGCAUUUGAUAUGAUAUGUGAGAGGAAUCGCAUCUCGAAUGGGCUUUUUCUAUGCAAAGUAAGCAAACAGUUUUGAAAGCAAAUUACUUCUUCAACUUCUACUCAACUUUUUUUUGUUAUUUAAAAUUUUUAUUUUUAAAGUCUAUUUCAAUGAAAUAAAUGAAUUGAUUUAUAUAUGAUUUUUUGUGAGAAAUAAGUUUGGAAUUGUGAACACCCAUCGAAAAGAAGUGAAAAGUGUAUUAUUAUUUAGGUUUUAAUUUAUAAAUAUAUAUAUAUUUAAAUAUAUUAAUGCUUUUUUGUUUUUUGUGCCAAUGAAUACCAGUUCCAAAUAAUAAUAAUAACUUAUAAUUAAAAUCAUAAUUUUGAUUCAUUUUUACUAAAUUUUGAAUUUAUAUUCUAAAGACAUCAAUAAAACAACAACAAUAAAAUCCAAACACU